AAUUCAUUCAUGGCGUUAGAAGACUACUACUAGCUUCUGUUUUCUAUAUAAAGCAACAAUCCUUAUGCAGUGACCAACAACACUCACAAACUGACUCUCCAAGAGAAACAACCAAAAAGUUCUAAGUAAACGCAACCAUGACCAUGCAUAUCCUCUGUUUGUUAAUGUUCCUAACUGCAAUGCAGGGAACUAAGGCAGUUGAUUACACUGUCACCAACAACGCCCUCACAACUGCCGGUGGAGCGCGUUUUCGAGACCAAAUCGGAGCAGAAUACGCGAAGCAAACACUGGACUCUGCAACCCAAUUCACAUGGAGGGUGUUCCAGCAGAACACCCCUGCUGACAGAAGAAACGUGCAGACUGUGAGCUUAUUUGUGGAUGACAUGGAUGGUGUUGCAUAUACAACUCCAAGCAACAGCCAGAUUCAUCUCAGCGCUAGGUACGUUAACAGCUAUAGCGGCGAUUUGAAGAGGGAAAUCACAGGGGUGUUGUAUCAUGAAAUAGUCCAUGUUUGGCAGAAUGGGAUUGGAAGUGCUCCUGGUGGGUUGAUUGAAGGGAUUGCAGAUUAUGUGAGGCUGAAGGCAAACUAUGCACCUAGUCACUGGGUUAAACCUGGGCAAGGAAAUAAAUGGGACCAAGGUUAUGAUGUCACAGCUCAGUUUCUGGACUAUUGUAACAGUCUCAAAAAUGGGUUUGUGGCUGAGAUGAACAAGUUGCUGAGUAAUGGUUAUAGUGAUCAGUACUUUGUUCAGCUACUGGGGAAGAAUGUUGAUCAGCUGUGGACAGAUUACAAGGCCAAGUAUGGCAAUAUUGCCUAGCUAAGAGUUUUCAUUUAAACAUUGUCAUAAAAUAAGCGACUAUAUAUGUCGCAUUAAUCUCUUUGUACGUUUGUAUCAAAUUCUAAAAUAAGUAGUGUUUCUGCUUC